AUGCCACGAUUUGAAGGUGUUCACCAACCAUUCAAACCCAAAAACCCAUACUGGAACAAACCCGCCAAAACCGAGCUACAGAAAAAGUAUUUUAAAAAGAUGAAGAAGGCGGUGAAUGCCCAAAAGAAGGAACGGGGCUCUACCUCUCAAACCCACAAUAAUCCGUAUCGCGAAGGUGGUGACCACGAUUAUGAGGACAUUGGACUUUUGCACGAUAUGAAUAAUGAAGAAAGAUGUCCCAAUGCGUUUCCUGACUUCAUUAAUGAUAUUCACGAAGCUCUACUUGAAGUCGAAAGGCAGGAACGCCAACGUCAACUGGAAAAAGCUUUACACGACAUGUUUGGUGCUUAUCUGGAAUGUGGAAUGAAGACAAGCGAAUGGGGCAAUCCUGCCACUUGGGACUUUGAUCACAAAGCUCAAUGUCGAUGUCCACCAAGUCAAUGGCGGGAAAGGAAUGUUGACCUUGUUGACCUCUUAACCCGUCGAAAGGCUCAGAUUCGGUUUUGUCCCUGUUACCAAAGCGAUCAAACCCGACUGAUUCUCAUGGGAUACAUUGGGGGCUCGCCCAAAUAUCCACAGACCGCCUUUUCCAUCAGGCUUCUUCGAUUCUUCCAUACCCUUUGGAAGUUCUGUACAGUCCGAAUUGACCCAUUUGUGCGAGCGCUCGAUGGUUUCCUCAAUGGGUUCAAUCCAUUCAUUCUUACCAAAAAUGACCAGCCUUGGCGAUGGCACACACCAUUCACUUGGGCAGUCGACGCCUAUCGACUCUUGCUGGCGAUGACAGAAUCCGCGAUUGAUGAACAACUUCGCCUCACCGCGCUGGACAAAGUUGCUGAAAACUGUCCUCGAUGCUUUGGGCCACCAAUUCCACUUGAAUCGCCAGCCUCAGAACCGGAUAUAGUAGUAUGCAUGGAUGGUAAUUUUCAGCAUCGACGUCACAUAGCUGCAGGAACUAAAGCAGGGAAAGUAGCUACCAAGAUGCCACCUCUGAUGAGUUUGUGA